CGUCGCCACGCAAUGCAAAUCGGGAAAAGGGGAUGAGCUGGGCUGGCUUCCGUCCGGGUAGCCGAGGCUAAUUCUCCCUUGAGUUCUUGGGAGAUGGGCCUCUGGCAAGAAGGCUGGCGUUAGUGAAGCGCGCCUGGCGCCUCGAUGGAGUCUCACUCUGUUGCCCAGGCUGGGGUACAGAGGCACAAUAUUGGCUCACUGCAACCUCCACCUCCUGGGUUCAAGAAAUAACUACUUUUAAGGAAAUACAGCAUCCAUUGUGAAAGAAAAGAUAAUUCAUCAUGCCUGCUGUGGCUUCACUUCCUAAAGAACUCUACCUCAGUUCUUCACUAAAAGACCUCAAUAAGAAGACAGAAGUUAAACCAGAGAAGAUAAGCACUAAGAGCUAUGUGCACAGUGCCCUGAAGAUCUUUAAGACAGCAGAAGAAUGCAGAUUAGAUCGUGAUGAGGAAAAGGCCUAUGUACUAUAUAUGAAAUACGUGACUGUUUAUAAUCUUAUCAAAAAAAGACCUGAUUUCAAGCAACAGCAGGAUUAUUUCCAUUCAAUACUUGGACCUGCAAACAUCAAAAAAGCCAUUGAAGAAGCUGAAAGACUCUCUGAAAGCCUUAAAUUAAGAUAUGAAGAAGCUGAAGUUCGUAAAAAACUUGAAGAAAAAGAUAGGCAGGAGGAAGCACAGCGGCUACAACAAAAAAGGCAGGAAACAGGAAGAGAGGAUGGCAGCAUGUUGGCUAAAGGUUCUUUGGAGAAUGUAUUGGAUUCCAAAGACAAAAUCCAAAAGAGCAAUGGUGAAAAGAAUGAAAACUGUGAGAACAAAGAGAAAGGAGCAAUCACAGCAAAGGAACUAUACACGAUGAUGACGGAUAAAAACAUCAGCUUGAUUAUAAUGGAUGCUCGAAGAAUGCAGGAUUAUCUGGAUUCCUGUAUUUUACAUUCUCUCAGUGUUCCUGAAGAAGCCAUCAGUCCAGGAGUCACUGCUAGUUGGAUUGAAGCACACCUCCCAGAUGAUUCUAAAGACACAUGGAAGAAGAGGGGGAAUGUGGAAUAUGUGGUACUUCUUGACUGGUUUAGUUCUGCCAAAGAUUUACAAAUUGGAACAACUCUCCGGAGUCUGAAAGAUGCACUUUUCAAGUGGGAAAGUAAAACUGUCCUGCGCAAUGAGCCUUUGGUUUUAGAGGGAGGCUAUGAAAACUGGCUCCUUUGCUAUCCCCAGUAUACAACAAAUGCUAAGGUCACUCCACCCCCACGACGCCAGAAUGAAGAGGUGUCUAUCUCAUUGGAUUUUACUUAUCCUUCAUUGGAAGAAUCAAUUCCUUCUAAACCCACUGCCCAGAUGUCACCUCCACCUAUAGAAGUAGAUGAAAAUAUUGAAUUGAUAAGUGAUCAAAACGAGAGAAUGGGACCUCUGAAUAUAUCAACUCCAGUUGAACCAGUUGCUCCUUCUAAAUCUGAUGUUUCACCCAUAAUUCAGCCAGUGCCUACUAUAAAGAAUGUUCCACAGAUUGAUCGUACUAAAAAACCAGCAGUCAAAUUGCCUGAAGAGCAUAGAAUAAAAUCUGAAAGUACAAAUCAUGAGCAACCAUCUCCUCAGAAUGGAAAAGUUAUUCCUGAUCGUUCCACGAAGCCAGUAGUUUCCUCUCCAACUCUCUUGUUAACUGAUGAAGAAAAGGCUCGUAUUCAUGCAGAAACUGCUCUUCUAAUGGAGAAAAGCAAACAAGAAAAAGAACUUCGGGAAAGGCAGCAAGGGGAACAGAAAGAGAAACUGAAGAGGGAAGAACAAGAACAAAAAGCCAAAAAGAAACAAGAAGCUGAAGAAAAUGAAAUUACAGAGAAGCAACAAAAAGCAAAAGAAGAAAUAGAGAAGAAAGAAAGUGAGCAAGCCAAGAAAGAAGACAAUGAAACCUCAGCAAAGAGGGGCAAAGAAAUAACAGGAGUAAAAAGACAAAGUAAAAGUGAACAUGAAACUUCGGAUGCCAAGAAAUCUGUAGAAGAUAGGGGGAAAAGGUGUCCAACCCCAGAAGUACAGAAAAAGUCAACAGGAGAUGUGCCCCCUACAUCUGCAACAGGGGAUUCAGUUUCAGGCAGGUCAUUUAAGAUUAAAGGACAACCAGAAAGUGGAAUUCUAAGGACAGGAACUUUUAGAGAGGAUACAGACGAUACCGAAAGAAAUAAAGCUCAACGAGAACCUUUGACAAGAGCAAGAAGUGAAGAAAUGGGGAGGAUCGUACCAGGACUGCCUUCAGGCUGGGCCAAGUUUCUUGACCCAAUCACUGGAACCUUUCGUUAUUAUCAUUCACCCACCAACACUGUUCAUAUGUACCCACCGGAAAUGGCUCCUUCAUCUGCACCUCCUUCCACACCUCCCACUCAUAAAGCCAAGCCACAGAUUCCUGCUGAGCGGGACAGAGAACCUUCCAAACUGAAGCGCUCCUACUCCUCCCCAGAUAUAACCCAGGCUAUUCAAGAGGAAGAGAAGAGGAAGCCAAUGGUAACGCCGACAGUUAAUCGGGAAAACAAGCCAACAUGCUACCCUAAAGCUGAGAUCUCAAGGCUUUCUGCUUCUCAGAUUCGGAACCUCAAUCCUGUUUUUGGAGGUUCUGGACCAGCUCUCACUGGACUUCGUAACUUAGGAAAUACUUGUUAUAUGAACUCAAUAUUGCAGUGCCUAUGUAAUGCUCCACAUUUGGCUGAUUAUUUCAACCGAAACUGUUAUCAGGAUGAUAUUAACAGGUCAAAUUUAUUGGGGCAUAAAGGUGAAGUGGCAGAAGAAUUUGGUAUAAUCAUGAAAGCCCUGUGGACAGGACAGUAUAGAUAUAUCAGUCCAAAAGACUUUAAAAUCACCAUUGGGAAGAUCAAUGACCAGUUUGCAGGAUACAGUCAGCAAGAUUCACAAGAACUGCUUCUAUUCCUAAUGGAUGGCCUCCAUGAAGAUCUAAAUAAAGCUGAUAAUCGGAAGAGAUAUAAAGAAGAAAAUAAUGAUCAUCUCGAUGACUUUAAAGCUGCAGAACAUGCCUGGCAGAAACACAAGCAGCUCAAUGAGUCUAUAAUUGUUGCACUUUUUCAGGGUCAAUUCAAAUCUACAGUACAGUGCCUCACCUGUCACAAAAAGUCUAGGACAUUUGAGGCCUUCAUGUAUUUGUCUCUACCGCUAGCAUCCACAAGUAAAUGUACAUUACAGGAUUGCCUUAGAUUAUUUUCCAAAGAAGAAAAACUCACAGAUAACAACAGAUUUUACUGCAGUCAUUGCAGAGCUCGACGGGAUUCUCUAAAAAAGAUAGAAAUCUGGAAGUUACCACCUGUGCUUUUAGUGCAUCUGAAACGUUUUUCCUAUGAUGGCAGGUGGAAACAAAAAUUACAGACAUCUGUGGACUUUCCCUUAGAAAAUCUUGACUUGUCACAGUAUGUUAUUGGUCCAAAGAACAAUCUGAAGAAAUACAAUUUGUUUUCUGUUUCAAAUCACUACGGCGGGCUGGAUGGAGGCCACUACACAGCCUAUUGUAAAAAUGCAGCAAGACAACGGUGGUUUAAGUUUGAUGAUCACGAAGUUUCCGAUAUCUCUGUUUCUUCUGUGAAAUCUUCAGCAGCUUAUAUCCUCUUUUACACUUCCUUGGGACCACGAGUAACUGAUGUAGCCACAUAAGGAGGCAUAGGUUAUAAACUAGUUAUCUUUUAAAAGGCUCAGCAACACAACUCUUGAAAUGCUUAUCAAGAUAAUGGUAGCUAUAGCUGGCCAUUUAGAGGAAUUCUAGGACAGUGGGAGCUAUGUUAUUAGCACUAUAUAAUUCCGGUCAGUGCUGACAAAUAACAUUUAACAAGUAUUGCAGUAAGCAUCACUCACAGGUACCAUUUAUUUCAAAACAAUUUUUUUAGUCUGCUCCAAAGUUAAAAUAAUUAACUAGCUAAGCCUUAUUAUUCUGCUGGUCUAAAAACCAUUGUAUCCUUGUUUUUCCUUUUCACAUUUCUAAAUCCCAUCUUGAUAUACUCUAGAAUGAUGUAAAGCAGAUAGGAAUGUAUGUGUACAUAUUUAUUGCAUACUUGCACAUCAAAUCAAUGUACAUAGUUUAACAUGUGGUCCUUUUCUGAAAACUAGAACUCAGAGGAUUACUUUUUUUUUUUUUCUUUCAGCCUAUUUUGAGUAACUGCAUUGCUUUCUUAGGGAAACGACAGGACAGAGCUAUUUUUCUGUUGGCUUUGGGCUGUAUUUGUGCACUAAAUCUUUAUUCUAAAAAAAAAUAAAUGGAAACUUUCUUUAAUUUUUUUAAAAUGAAAAUUCAUUUACAGCUACAUUAAAAUCUUAAUGAGAAAAAUAA